GCUCCAGCCUCGCAGCGCGGCAGCGGCCGCGCAGGAGCCGGGUGCCAGGGGCCGGCAGGCGGGGAAAGGGUAAAAGAAGAGGGAAAAGGAGCGUUACAGCAUCCCGGCACGGAGCAUGGGACCGCCCUAGGACCGCUCGGGGAGCCGGCCGGGAGCGGAGGGAAGGGCCGAACCGGCCCCGCGCAUCCCCCGGCGGAGCGGCGGGCGAUGGAUGCGGUGCGGUAGAGCCGAGGCCUGGCCAGGCUGGUGCAGCCGAGGGAGAUGCUCUCGUCCUGGGCUUGGAGCUGAGGGGCCACCGGAGCCGCCGAGAGAGCGGGAAAAGAUGACGGAGGGCCGCAGAUGCCAAGUGCACCUCCUGGAUGACAGGAAGCUGGAGCUCCUCGUUCAGCCAAAGCUUUUGGCCAAGGAGUUGCUUGACUUGGUGGCAUCUCAUUUCAACCUGAAGGAGAAGGAGUACUUUGGAAUUGCAUUCACAGAUGAAACGGGACACUUGAACUGGCUUCAGCUGGACCGCCGGGUGCUGGAACAUGACUUCCCCAAAAAGUCAGGACCAGUUGUUUUGUACUUCUGUGUCAGGUUCUACAUUGAAAGUAUCUCCUAUCUGAAGGACAAUGCCACCAUUGAGCUGUUUUUCUUGAACGCCAAGUCCUGCAUCUACAAGGAACUCAUUGAGGUUGACAGUGAAGUGGUGUUUGAACUGGCUGCAUACAUCUUGCAGGAGGCAAAGGGAGAUUUUUCAAGCAAUGAAGUUGUAAGGAAUGAAUUAAAGAAGCUGCCAGCCCUUCCAACACCAGCAUUGAAGGAGCAUCCUUCCCUCGCUUACUGUGAGGAUCGAGUCAUUGAACAUUACAAGAAACUAAAUGGUCAGACAAGAGGUCAAGCAAUUGUGAACUACAUGAGCAUUGUAGAAUCCCUCCCAACAUAUGGAGUGCAUUAUUAUGCAGUAAAGGACAAGCAGGGAAUUCCUUGGUGGUUAGGACUUAGCUACAAGGGGAUUUUUCAGUAUGACUACCAUGACAAAGUGAAACCAAGAAAGAUCUUCCAAUGGAGGCAGCUGGAGAACCUCUAUUUCCGCGAGAAGAAGUUCUCGGUGGAGGUGCACGACCCGCGCAGGGCAUCUGUGACCAGAAGAACUUUUGGGCAUAGUGGCAUUGCUGUGCAUACGUGGUACGCCUGCCCAGCACUAAUAAAGUCCAUCUGGGCUAUGGCCAUUAGUCAACAUCAGUUCUACCUGGACAGAAAGCAAAGCAAGUCCAAGAUUCAUGCUGCAAGAAGCCUAAGUGAGAUUGCGAUUGACCUGACCGAAACUGGAACGCUCAAGACCUCCAAGCUGGCCAACAUGGGGAGUAAAGGCAAAAUUAUCAGUGGCAGCAGUGGGAGUCUUCUGUCAUCAGGUUCCCAAGAGUCAGACAGUUCUCAGUCUGCCAAGAAAGACAUGCUGGCUGCUCUGAAAUCCAGGCAAGAAGCUUUGGAAGAGACACUGCGCCAGCGUUUGGAAGAGCUGAAGAAGCUGUGUCUCCGAGAAGCGGAGCUCACAGGAAAACUGCCCCGAGAAUACCCCCUAGAUCCUGGGGAGGAGCCACCUAUUGUAAGGAGAAGAAUAGGAACUGCCUUUAAACUGGAUGAGCAGAAAAUCCUGCCUAAGGGAGAGGAGGCAGAGCUGGAGCGCCUGGAAAGGGAGUUUGCCAUUCAGUCCCAGAUCACAGAGGCUGCCCGACGCCUGGCGAGCGACCCAAAUGUCAGCAAAAAGCUGAAGAAACAGAGGAAAACAUCCUACCUGAAUGCACUGAAAAAACUGCAGGAGAUCGAGAACGCCAUCAACGAGUACCGCAUCAAAUCUGGCAAGAAGCCAACCCAGAGAGCAUCACUGAUCAUAGAUGAAGGAAACAUUGCCAGUGAAGACAGCUCUCUCUCAGAUGCCCUUGUUCUCGAGGAUGAGGAUUCUCAGAUCACCAGCACAAUAUCCCCUCUCCAGUCCCCACACAAGGGACUCCCUCCCCGGCCACCCUUGCACAACAGGCCACCUCCUCCACAGUCCCUGGAAGGCCUCCGCCAGAUGCAUUACCACCGCAAUGACUACGACAAAUCCCCCAUCAAACCCAAGAUGUGGAGUGAGUCAUCCUUGGAUGAACCCUAUGAGAAAGUCAAGAAACGUUCCUCACACAGUCAUUCCAGCAGCCACAAGAGGUUCCCCAGCACUGGGAGCUGUGCUGAGGCAGGAGGGAGCAGCUCACUGCAGAACAGCCCCAUCCGGAGCCUUCCCCACUGGAAUUCCCAAUCCAGCAUGCCCUCCACACCGGACCUACGGGUACGCAGUCCACACUACGUCCACUCCACACGGUCAGUAGACAUCAGCCCAACCAGACUGCACAGCUUAGCUCAGCACUUUAGACACCGGAGCUCCAGUUUGGAGUCACAAGGCAAGCUCCUUGGCUCAGAAAACGAGACAGGGAGCCCUGAUUUCUACACCCCAAGGACUCGUAGCAGUAAUGGCUCUGACCCCAUGGACGACUGCUCUUCCUGCACCAGCCAUUCCAGCUCUGAGCACUACUACCCUGCUCAGAUGAACCCCAACUACUCCACCCUGGCAGAGGAUUCCCCGUCGAAAGCCAGAGAGCGGCAGAGGCAGAGGCACAAAUCUGCGGGCAACCUGGUCUCUUCCAAUUCAGGGAGCAUGCCCAACCUGGCUGCUAGGAACGGGACAGGGCACCACCGUGUCUACCUGCACAGCCAGAGCCAGCCCUCCUCCCAGUACAGGAUCAAAGAGUAUCCCCUGUACAUCGAGGGCAGCUCCACACCCGUGGUGGUGAGGAGCUUGGAGAACGACCAGGAGGGACACUACAGCGUGAAAGCACAAUUCAAAACCUCCAACUCCUACACGGCGGGGGGGAUGUUUAAGGAGAACUGGCACGGGGAUGAAGUGGACUCCGUCAGGCUCACCCCCUCCCGCUCCCAAAUCAUAAGGACUCCAUCUCUGGGCAGGGAAGGCCACGAGAAAGGCUCUGGUAGGACUGCUGUGUCGGACGAGCUGCGGCUCUGGUACCAGCGGUCCACAGCCUCUCACAAGGAGCACAGCCGCCUCUCGCACACCAGCUCCACCUCCUCAGACAGCAGCUCCCAGUACAGCACAUCCUCACAAAGCACCUUUGUGGCACACAGCCGGGUCACGAGAAUGCCUCAGAUGUGUAAAGCAACAUCAGCUGCCUUACCUCACAACCAGAGGAGUUCAACACCGUCAAGCGAACUGGCAGCCACUCCGCCGGGCAGUCCCCACCACAUUCUCUCAUGGCAGACUGGGAGCUACAAUGAUAGCUGUUUCCUGGAUUCUCCACUCUAUCCAGAAUUAGCAGAUGUCCAGUGGUAUGGACAGGAAAAAGCCAAGCCUGGAACUCUAGUGUGAACCCCUGACCUCAAGUUAAUCACAUCAAUGCCAUGCUGAGAUCACCUCACUGCCUCUCAUUUGCCUUACCCAGAUGCACUGUCACCCAGCACCAGCUUCAACUCUAAAGCACUUUCCUCACGAUGCAAUCCAAGGUGACAUUUAUACAACACUGGUCCUGGGGCACCCAGCACAUCCCAUGGCUGAGCAGUGCAUGUCCCUCCCACUGCCUGUGUGAGCAGCCAUCUCCAUAGCCAGGCAGCAAGUAAAAAAAGCAUCUUUUCUUGGAAACCUUGAAGCCUUUCAAGGUUUACAUCAAAUCUCCUUGUUUUGCGGCAUGUAACAGCAGUAAGAUUUCCAUGACCUGCGAGCUGAAGCCAACAGAGCAUUAAUUUAAGGGGAAGGGGGUGUUUAAAAUGGGACAGAGGCUGAGAAAUGGAUAUCAUGGUCCUGAAAGUGCAUAUAUUAUGGAAUGGUAAAAUCCCAUCCCCUCAGAGAUGUGCCAGUCUCACAAUCAGAUCUGCACUGCCAAAGAUCUCCACACCAGUGUUGCAGCGUGGUUUUGCUCAGCGACAAGCAAGACCACAUCCUGUAAAAGGACAUUUCCUUCUUUGCUUUGAGCCCACCAAAUGCAAGGGAAACAACCUGGUGUGCUGCAGGCACACUGGAGGGCUGGCUGGUAUCACAACAUCACUACAAGCUACCAGCAAACUGGACAAGCAAGGUUUACCAAGGCAUCAUCUGAAGCAGAGGCAAAUCCUGCGACUCUGUGGCUGGCACAGGUCACACACCAGGACACAGAGAGGUUGGGGUUGUGCUGGUUUGGUUUUUUUUUUUUAAUACUCUGAUGAAGAUAAAAAUUGCCAAAAAACAAAACAAAACAACCCCCCCCACCUUUCUACAAAGAGAUACAGCCAAUAAAUUUCAACCUGUUUCUGCACAACUCGUUGAGAUGAAAUCAAAGGGAAAGCACAUCGCAGUCUAACUGAGGCGCAUGGACACAUCCGCUCCACUCAUCUUCCCUUCCUUAGCAUCAGUGUAGCAAAGGGCUCAGCCCAGGGCUGUGUGGGAGAACCGGUCUGUCAGGAAGGCUCUGAGCAGCCAGCAGACCAGGCAGAGCUCCCCAUUAUGAGAAGCAACCACAAGAAAGAGAAGCAACUCCAGGAGGUGUUGGACACGAGCGAGAGCUGCCUGCUGAUACCAAAAGGAAUCUUGUACGGGAGCGUCACGGAAGGAGCUGCAAGUUUACACAUACUUUUGAGCAAUGCUUUAUACUCGUCAAGCCAUGGAACUUUCAAAGGCCUCAAAAAGACACUUUUGUAACGAACAAGUGCACAAUCUUUGGUGGAUGCUGAAGCUGGCACGUCUGGGCUUCACUGCGGUGCUACGCUGUUUUUAUUGCCACUGGGAGGGGGGGAGGCAGCCGCCUUCCCCUGCCUGUGCGUGCAAACCAUGAUUUCCUAUGGGAAAGGCAUUAAAUGGCUGGAGGGGGUUACGUUGUGAAAAGCAGAAACUGAAGUUAGCUUUAGUUGAAAGAAAAAAAAAAAAGAAAAAAGAAAAAGAGAAGUGUGAGUGUGUGCCCGUGUGUGUGCUCCAAGAAUAACAAUGACAUCUACCAGACAAAAGUAGGGCGAAACGUUGAAAAUUAAAACACCACGACUUGGGGGGGGCUGCCACACCUUUUGGGUAUCAAGAUUGCUGGAAAACUGCAUUCCAGGCUAUAAAAGAGAAUGGGUUCUUCAUAAUUAGGCUUGGGGAGAUGAAAAAAAACGAAUGGGAGCAGCUCAUGCAAAUACCUUUCUGUCGGAUGUAGGAGAAGCAUUUGCUCUGCUCCCCACGCUUGCCCGCUGUGCCUCACAUCGCUGGCCAUGCAGGGGGUGGCCUGGUCUGGGAGAGGAGGGCAGCAAUGGGCAGCAAAGGCUGCUAAUUGUCCAGGGAAAUCCAUGGCAGAGCCUGGAGGGAGACAUCGUGUUCACACAUGAAGCAUAAAUGAAUUAUUCCUCUGAAAAAGGAAAAAAAAAAAAAAAUAUAUAUUUUUUUUUUUAUACUGGGCAGGGGUUUCUGAAGCCAGCCUGGUGCUGCUGGGUCUCCACUGCAGGUUACCACUGGAGCACAGCUCCCUCUGGCAGUAAUUGAAGUCUCACUGCUGGAAGAACAGGCAGUGAUGAGCUUGCACCCUUUAUCUGGACACGCAAAAUGCUGUUUUCACCGUCUCUCUAGGCUUUGGGGUCUCUAACGUGGGAAUUAUUUCAAGCUCCUAAUUGGAUUUUUGGCUGGAUAAGAGAUAGCACUGAUUAGUGACAUUUACUGACAAGAUUGGUAGCUAAAGUGAGAGGAUUAAAUAAGGACAAAAUUAAACAGCAGCAAGUAAUUUAGCCCAUGGAUUUUUAGGGGCUCUAAGCAACUGUCUGUUUUCUUUUUAAUUUCCCUGGUAGGUGGUUUGGGGUUGUUUUUUUUGGUUUGGUUUUUUUUUUUUUUUUUUUUUUUGUGGGUUUUUUGCUGGUUUGUUUUUCUGUGUGCAUUCUUUUAAUUAAAAAGAAUUCAACAACAGUGGCACUAUGAGGCCUCUGGGCACUACAGGAAGAAACAUUAAUUCCUCCAAGACCAGAUCUGCAGUUUUGCAGCAAAGGUUAAAAGGUGGCAGCCCUGACAUUAGGGAAAACAAAUAAAUAAAAAAAAAAAUGGUCAGCCUGAAUUGCAAACAGGCUUGAAUAGAGAAAAAGCUUUCUAGAAAUGGAUCAAGUUUUGCUUUGUGUUCUGCUUUUCUGUUCUGCAAUCAAGGCACACGUGAGCAGCCAGUCUGGUAGUAAAGACAGAUUAAGUAAAACAGGUUUUACUGUUUAGCUCAAUUCAAUUAAACACAAAUGUACAUAAAAUGUUAAUCAUAUGAGAUUAACAUAUUUAAGUAUAACGCGGGGGGGUAUAGACAGAGCUAUUAUAUACAAGCACUUGACUACCAACUUAACCCCCUCCUUGACUUUUUUAUUUUUCCAGGCUCCAUCUGACAUAAAGCCACAAUUGUGUUCUCAGUCUCCAUGUCCCACGCUCCCUCUGCUGAGCUCCCUGCCCCGGGAGGGUUUAAUUUACAACAACAUCAUCUGCAGUCGAGUGUUGAAAAUGUUGAAACAGUCCAAUUUGUUUUCACUCUGUAUUAGUUUUAGUUUCAGGCAUAGCCAAUCCCCAUUCAGGUGCUAUCAGAUGACCAGUUACUGCUUAGUUAACUAGAUGUAAAGUUUUACAUAUAUAUUAAUGUCAAUAGUUUUAUUACGAGUUGUGUAAAAUGGACUCUCUAGUUUAAAAAAAAGAAAAAAGGAAAAAAAAAACCAAGAAAAAAAAAAAAUAGGUCUCUCCUGAAAUUGACUUUAGAGCAUGGAAAAUGAUUUUACUGGAUUCUGUUCAACUGUAAUCAAGGACAAAAUAUGUAUGUUGUAGAAAAAGUUGCAGAAUUAAAAAAGAUCUGCUUUUAAUUUAUUCUUUUUGUAUUAAGAAUUUGUAUAGUUACCUUUACAUUUUGCAAAACGGUGUUGUCAACACUUCCUUAUUAAAGCAUUUUCAAAAUGAAAA